GGAAGAGUCAGUGUAGAAGAGACAGAGGAUCCCGCUAGGCGCAGCUGGGAUCUACGAGGAGCCCAAAUCUAAGUUCAAAACGACCAACCGCCACCAUGAACGGCGCGUACGGUGACAAAACGAACGCAAUAGAUGAAGACGUCAAGAUGGAAAGCCCUGAGAAGAUUUCACAGAAGCGAUUGAUGGACGGCAGUGACAACGAGCAGCAUAGGGGCAGGUUCUACAAAAUGCUACGAGUGGAUGCAGAGGGGUCGAGCGGACGCCAUUUUACAGUUACUCCCAGGCAUCACAAUGCGGCGGUAGCACAUGCAGAUACGAGCAUCGUCCCAGUUAUAAAACCAAACACUGUUGCUGAGAUGGCUCUUAUGCACCGAUGUUGCUGUGGGUGCACACUCAGAAUGGGCACGACUAUCAUUGCCAUCUUGUUUGUGAGUUUAAGCUUUGUGCAGAUAGGAACAUCAGUGUACUAUUUGCUCAUCUAUCAGGACAUCGAUGACGGCGUGAAUAGAGGAGAGUUGGCGACAAUGGGCAAACAACUCUUAACAGUUGAAGAUAUAAACGCGUAUAAUGCACUUAUGGACUUGUUGGAGCAGGAAGAAGAUACAUUUGGAGGCCUAGAUUCUGAUGAAGAUCGUAAUUUUUUCGAAAUACAGGAACCAUCAAGUACGGAAGAGAGUGUAGAAGACGAUGAUCUUACUCAUGGUAGUUCUUCCAACGCCAACAUCCUUCUAGAAUGGCUAUAA